UUAAGAAGUUUUAGGGGAGUUUUAUCUAAAAGAACAUGCUGAAAUGUGCGACGAAUAAAGGAUAAAGGGCAACACUAUUUUGUCUGUUGUUAUCAUGUUACACGUUUAAGAACGACGAAGUCACAAUGAUACCACUAUCAGUAGAGAUUAAUACUAUGCCCAGUUGUUCCGGCAGCGCGGCUUCAUCGGACGAGAAACAGCAGCCGAGCUCUAAUAGCACCGAAGCUUGGACAAGAAGUUCUCAAAACGAAACACAGCCAGAAAAAGACUGCCAUUGCUUAGUCCCGUACGAUGAAAUUCCAGACUGGUACCAGGAUAACCCGUAUAUCCGACGUGGCUACCGACCCGUGUCUCACUCGGCACGGGUCUGUUUUGGAAGUUGGCUGUAUCUACACAAUGAGACAGUGAACAUAUAUACGCAUCUGGUACCAGCAGCAGCUCUGCUCAUAAGUGGCCUAGCCUACCUAUUCUCACGCCUGCAACACCGUAGUAGCGACGACGCCGGUGUCGUUGCGGUGCUAUUGCUUUCCGCAUCAGCAUGCCUCGGCCUCUCCGGAGCAUACCAUACCCUAAUGUGCCAUUCGCAAGAAGUUGAGGCUCUAUGGUUACGUCUCGAUUUCGUCGGUAUCAUCUUGCUAAUAUUAGGGUCCUUCAUCUCGGGUAUCUACGUCAGUUUCUGGUGCGAGUCUUUGGAAAGGAAGAUGUAUUGGUCCAUGGCAAGUAAUGACUUUUUUUUUUUCCCUUUUUUCCUUUUUUUCCCUUUUUCCCCCGACUACCCCUAGGCCCAAUGGAUGCGAGUGGAUAACAGGCAACCUAUAUAUGAUUUAACUUUCUUACACGGGAUUUGACUGACGCGUUAUUGUUGUACUGGUUCACAGAUUGGGUCUCUUUCUGCGAUAUCUAUCAUUAUUGUAUUAGCGCCAACGUUUCAGGGCCCAAGAUG